GACAAGCUGCUACUUACACUUGUUUCUUACACAACUGUGCUCACGAGCAAACACACAAAGAGGCAACAUGGUGCAUCUGACUGCUGAGGAAAAGGCUCUGGUCACCGGCCUGUGGGGCAAGGUCAAGGUGGAUGAAUUUGGUGGUGAGGCCCUGGGCAGGUUGCUGGUUGUCUACCCAUGGACUCAGAGGUUCUUUGACAGCUUUGGGGACCUGUCCUCUGCGGAUGCCGUCAUGGGCAACCCCAAGGUAAAGGCUCAUGGCGCCAAGGUGCUCCAGUCCAUGGGUGAUGGCAUCAAAAACCUGGACAACCUCAAGGGCACCUUCUCCAAGCUGAGUGAGCUGCACUGUGACAAGCUGCACGUGGAUCCUGAGAACUUCAGGCUGCUGGGCAACGUGCUGGUGUGUGUGCUGGCUCGCCACUUUGGCAAGGAUUUCACCCCUGCCGCUCAGGCUGCCUUUCAGAAGGUGGUGGUUGGCGUGGCCAAUGCCCUGGCUGCCAAGUACCACUAAGAUCCUGUUUUCUUCUGCUGGCCUUGGAACCUUCAGUUUCCCUAACAUUGGUCAUCUGAACUUGGGGUAGUAAUGUCUGUCAUAAGGGCUGUGGGUGUGCCUAAUAAAAAGCAUUCAGCUCAA